UAUUGGUAGCAUCGAAACACAGGGUUGUGUGGUGUCACACAUAAAUGUCAACAUAUUCUUUAUACAUCAAUUUUGUUUUUGUACCAGUUUGACAAGUAUCAGCGAACUCUAUAAAAACAUUUGGUUUCUUUCUGAAUAUAAACAAAUUAAUUUAAUUAAAUGUAAAAUUGUCAAAUAUUUAAACGCAGACUAAACAUGAACAGUCUCAAUAUACCCACAGAUUUUGGGCCCGAUUCGGGCGGCCGGGUAAAAGGUUUGGUUAUAGUUAAGCCCAUUGUAUAUGGCAAUAUUGCACGAUCCUUUGGCAAAAAGAACGAGGAUGGACAUACACAUCAAUGGAAAGUAUAUGUGAAACCGUAUCACAAUGAAGAUAUGUCAGUUUAUGUGAAAAAAGUUCACUUUAAACUACACGAAAGUUAUGCCAAUCCAAAUAGAAUUGUAACGAAACCGCCUUAUGAAAUUACCGAAACCGGUUGGGGUGAAUUUGAAGUAGUCAUCAAAAUAUAUUUCCACGAUCCGACUGAAAGGCCGGUAACUUGUUAUCAUAUAUUGAAGCUAUUCCAAAGCCCAGUGGUUGAUGGUGAGCUUUCGAGCACAAAUUUGGACAAUAAUAAACGAAUGGGCGCCGCCAACGUGCAUUUGGUAUCCGAGUCGUAUGAGGAGAUCGUUUUUCAAGAGCCCACACAGCUAAUGCAACAUUUUCUCAUGAACGUACAGCCGAUAACGAGUGGAUCAUACACACAUGAUACCGACUUUGAAACAAAGAAGGAGAAAACCUUAGAAAACAUAAUUGAUGUAAAAGGAAAAGUAAAAAGUGAAAUAAACUCACUGAAAGACAAAUUGAAACUAGCUCGUGAAACCAUUGCGAAGUUCAAAGCAGAACUUGCUAAAGUACAAAAGCCACCCACUUCAUAAAUAUAUAAAAUGAACUUCCAAAAACAAAGAUUAGACUUUGAAUAAGUAGAUUUGUACAAUAUUUGAAAAUUAAAGAACUGAAGGCAACCUUAUUAAUAAAGAAAACACUUUCUUAUUUCAAUGAAAAAA